GCCACGCAGUCAUUGCUUGCACACACGAGUCAGAUUCUCAGUAAGGAACAAAAGCUGGCACUGAUCAGUUCGCCGAAUCUCGGUAGUCGAUGUGGUGAACGAUUUCGUUCAACAGUUAUUAAAUUAAAAGUGUGAUACAGUUGCGGUGAAAAACUUCGUAAUUAAUAAGGGAAAGUACCAUGGAUGACAAUUUAACAAUGCGUGAGGAUGAGUUUGUGGCUGACGCCAAUAUUAUAUCCGUGUUGCAGCAGAGGUUGAAAUGGUUGAUAUUCCUUCAAUGCAUUUUCUACCUUUUGUUGGCGGUGGUGGUGAAAGAUAUGAUUUGGCCGUUCGCCAAGUAUUGGUGGAAUUUACUGAAGCUUAAAUGGAAUGCUGCACCCCCUGUAGAUUUGGAAUCAGACCUUGGCAAGUGUGUAACCGAUUUGGCCGACCUCAUCCCCAUUUUACGCCAAAGAGUAGAUUUGGAAUCAGACCUUGGCAAGUGUGUAACCGAUUUGGCCGACCUCAUCCCCAGUUUACGCCAAAGAGCCGGCCUUCCACCUCACACGCAGUUGGAGUUGUAUGAGGAGGUCAAACCCGGCAUGAUUGACACCAUAGAACAUAUUGACAAACCACUGGAAACUAAUUUGGAGGAACUUAUGGAUGGAGACAUCAUUUGUUACCAAAAGUAUGAUCCAGAAGUGAUGGGUUCGCUGUUAGGCACGCUCAAGAAAAAUUUCUAUGACCUGCUUCACCGAAUCGAAGUCACAUUCUGUGACAAAACGAACCCGUUGGACGUGACAGGAUUCACCCUCAGCAUGUCGGAGGAUUUGGGUUACGAUCAAGUGGCUCGACUAGUCGGUGACAGAAUCGGAUACCCUCCUAACAUGCUCCAGUUCUUCAAGAGUCAAGGUUACAGAGAGGGCCCCGGUCCAUCGAUUCGCUAUCACUGGGAAACAUCACUGAAGGAGAUGGUGACCUCGGCCAAAGUCAAGCAACCCAAAAAGCUAUUUUACUUGAGGCUGACCAUGCCCAUCACCGAAUUAGAGAGCAAGAGGCAAUUCAAAUGCACCUGGGUAAAUUCCCGUCUCAAGGAUGAGAAAGAGUUGACAUUGUAUCCAGCAAAAACAGCAACAGUAGCGGAGUUGUUGGAAGAAGCCCGAAAGCACAUGACUUUAUCAGAAAAUGGUUCUGGAAAACUUAGAUUAUUGGAGAUAGUGAGUUACAAGAUUCAAAGUAUUGUCUAUGAGGAGAUUCGACUCGAUAUGCUGAACACGAGCCCUCCACGAUGGUUCCGAGUUGAGGAGAUUCCAAAAGACGAGCUUGAAAUAGGCGAUGAUGAACUCCUUAUUCCAGUAGCUCAUUUUUCCAAAGAAAUCUAUUCUGGAUUUGGCAUUCCCUUUCUCUUAAAAGUGAGGGAAGCUGAACCCUUUUCUCAAGUCAAAGAGAGGAUACAAAAAAGACUCGAGGUCCCGGAUAAAGAGUUUGAAAAAUAUAAAUUUGCUGUCGUAGUGAUGACUCGCAUUCGCAAUCUAACGGAGACCCCUGAAUUGACUCUCAACCUAGAAGAUUUUAAGCCUCCACUCAAUCAGCGUAUGUUUCUUGCAACUUUUAAUUUAUUUAUUCAUCACAGGUCAUUCAAGUUUAUUAAUUUGGAUUUUCUGUUCAGAGCCUUUAGUGCAGAUGCGACCUUGGUUAGGUAUCGACCAUGUGAACAAGGCACCUUAACGUACGCGCUACAGCUAUUACGAAAAGGCCAUCAAGAUUUACAACUAACUCAAAAAGAAAUAAUGCAGUUUGAUUCCUUAAAUGGGGUAUCUUAAUUUCAAUCGCUUAAAAAAGGAGGGAAGAAGUUGAAGGAGAUGCGAUUACAAGAAGCUCCCUGUAACAGGUUCAAAUUGGAUUCCCAUUUUGUAAAGUCACUGAACCUCCAUCCCCAAUGUAACCCUCCACCAGCUCCUUUCAACUCGCUCAUCUUGAUAUGACGGCUUUUCCAACACUUCGUCUCGAUUGAUGUCUUUCCUCUGUUCUGAAGCCAUUAAAUUAUUUUUAAGUGAAUGCUCCCCCCCCACCCCUAUUUUCCACUCUUCACUUAAUGAUUUUUAAUUUCUAUUUUUCCCAUUCGGAAUUCUAUCUUACUUGCUUCUUAAGGAUUUCUGUAGGGGAAAUCCUAUGAAGAUAAGGCGCAGACGAGGUCGAGAUUGUUGGAAAGGUGACUGGAUUCGUUUCUUUAUUAUUAUUUUUUUUUUUUGAAACUUCAAAAUGUUCUACCCCUCCUACUACCGCGGUUUGUGCCGCGAAUGUUGAUAAUGUGCUAAUAAUUGAAGCUAGAGUGAGAAAUUACAAAUUUGAAAACACUG